AGGCUGUGACAACCCGAUAAUUCAUGAUUGCUUGCCAACUCCUUUGGGCUAAAGUGCUAUAUUAAAGAUUAAGUGCUGUCUGACGCUUCUUUGGGCUUUAUCUGGGCCGCUUACGCUCGCAACAAAACGCACAUGCGCCGCGAUGAAUCAUGUCUGCUAUUCUUAUUCGUGUGUUGGUGUCCUCACGACUGAUUAAGAUAUUUAAAUAGCCGAGAAACUUUAUCAUGUACCUUGGAUGGUUUGUACUUGUUCAGUCAGAAGCGGAACAGUUGUUAAAACAAGGGCGCAUCGCACUGACGUCAGCCCUCCAGUGUCAACAAUGUAGCAAUUUGAAGAAGACGUGUGGUGAAUAUACAGUAUUGUACGAACCGCGCCAAGCGCUCCCUUUCGGUUUUAACUCGACAUAGGCACAGAUUUGUUAUUAUUUGUUAUUUCCAAAUGUUCCAAAGACAAACAGUUAAUAAGUGAAUAUACACGUUUUCUUCUGUCUGUACUGAGGGGUCUGCGAGACACAACGAAAGAAAACAUGUGAAGCCGCGCUGCAGAACAUCUUCGUGCAGGAACGGGAACAAGAGAAAGUUUAGGUGAAAGACAGAAGCAAUUUCCCUAAGGCAAGAAGUGAUGUCAUUUGCUUAGCUGAAACAAGAGAGGAGUGGAUGACAGCAAAGAAAAUGGAGGGAGACAAAUGAAAGGUUCGGCGAGCGGAAUGUCUGUCGCCGAGAAUCCCCCAGGCCCCAUGUACGUGUAUGAGUCAACGGUGCACUGCGCCAACAUUCUGCUGUGCCUGAAUGAGCAGCGGAAGCAGGGCGUGCUGUGCGACGUGGCCGUGGUGGUGGAGGGCCGCGAGGUUCGUGCCCACCGUGCCGUGCUUGCCGCCUGCAGCCGUUACUUCGCUGCACUGCUCCACGGCCCGACGGAACGCGAGCCGGUCAUCUGCCUGCCGUCCCGGAUCACCAUGAGGGGCUUUGCACCCCUCUUGCAGUUUGCCUACACUGCCAAGCUGUUGCUAAGCCGGGAGAACAUCCAGGAAGUGAUGCGCUGUGCCGACUUCCUGGGUGUGCACAACUUGGAGGACUCCUGCUUCCUCUUCCUGCAGGCACAGCUGAGCGCCGACGGUGAAGAGCCACCGUGCUCGCCCUGUGAAUUGGAGGGUGAGAGGGGUCCAGGCUGCUCUCUCAUGGACCCUUUGACCCGGACGCGGUGGAAUUCCGUGAACCUUAGCAACUCGUUUGAUGGAGAGGGUUCGCUAGCCACCAACAACCCGCGCCAUCCAGACACGCCUGCAAACCAGGAGGUGCCCUGUUAUCCUAAAUACAGGAAGCAUGAGCGAGCCUCAGUCCAGCACAACAGCACCGCCUCGUCACAUGGCAGUAUCUCAAGUCUGGUUGGCUCGCUCCAGGACACCAUUACCGGCAGUGAUGUCCAGGGCCUGGAUGUUUCACUGAUGAAAGCAGAACUGGGUGAUGAAAGACUGCCCCUCGACCCAUGUGAACCUGAGGGGGACACAAUUGGGGAUGACCGGGACAGGGUGGACACUGAGAUGGAGUUUGGCACACAGCCACUCAGUUCUCCCCCCACCGAGGGGCCGACGAGGAGGACUUCACCACCCUGUGUGCGCUCGCAGGUCCGAAAAAGCAUAUCCCGAACUCAGCAGCCUUAUCCGUCCACGCUGCAGUUCUCCAGUGCACUCUUCCCAGCUCAGAACCGAUGUGUUGCUCAGGAUGACUUCAGAAAAGAGUGUCAGGCUCUGGUGGGGGCGCUCGCCGUGACCCCCCUUAAACAGACUCAUGUAUUCCCCACUGGCACUGCUCGGAAGUCCCUCGAGGGAAUUUGCAAAAAAGAGCCAGAGUUGGAGGUUGACCGUAGGAGCGUCAUCUUCUCCUCACAGCUGUCCGAGCAACUGCCAGCACUCUCCUACCCCAGCGAGGCGUCUCUGGAGCCGUACGGUCAGGAGGGCCUCUGGAGGGGCUCCAGCCCCUCUCUGCCCCAUUCUCAGGCGCUGUUGCCCACCUUAGGGCCUCCAGAGCCCUGCCUGCCAUCCCGCCGGAGACCAAAGAGAAGCUGCCCAGUUCCCAUUCAAGUGUGCCCUCUCUCUGCGCACGCCGACACUCGUGCCAGGACCUCCAGCUCCUGUUCUUCCUACUCAUACGCAGAGGAUGGCAGCGUGGGUUCCCCCUCCAGCCUGGCGCAGUUCGACCUCUCAUCAUCCCCUGCCUCCAGCAUGGUGGCACAACACCUGGAUCCGGGUCUCACCACAAGGCCCAAGGUGAAGUGCGAGAAAUUGUACGACACAAACUCCAGCGACGAGUCUGGGUCCAUUUCAGAGGGGGACAGCGAAUCAUGCCAGACCAAAGAGUGUAAAUCCGAGGUGAAGCUGCCUUUCCCAGCUGACCUGAUCACAGAACUUCCACGUAAUGACUUUCAGCUGAUGAUAAAGAUGCACAAGCUGACGUCGGAGCAGCUGGAGUUCAUUCAUGACCUGAGGCGGCGGAGUAAAAACCGCAUUGCGGCCCAGCGCUGCCGUAAGAGGAAGCUGGACUGCAUCAGGAACCUCGAGUGUGAGAUCCACAAACUGGUGUGUGAGAAACAGAAGCUGCUGACUGAGAGAAACCAGCUUAAGGCUUGUAUGGGACAGCUCUGGGAGAACUUCUCUUUCCUGUCCCAGGAAGUGUGUAGAGAGGAAGAACAACAGCCAGACCACACAAACUCCCUAUUCGGCCCAAGGCCAGACUCUGCCUCCUGCAGUCCCAUUCAUAUAGACCUCACUGUGUCCCCUAGCCCCAGAAGCAGCAUCGAUCUCACUCUGCCGUCUCCUGGGAGCCCUCCACCUUCCCCCAGUCAAGCCGGGGUGCAGGCCCUGGGCAAACCGCCACACCCACACCAGAUCUCACCCACAGGGGCAGAGCCAGACACCACUGCCCCUACAAUGCCAGCGCCUGGGUCCUUACUCCAAACAAGUAGCCCAACAGUGACGGUAGCUUUUUGCCAGGAGAUGGCAGACAAAUGUACCACAGAUGAAUAAAAACUGUUAUUUUUGCUAAUGUUCAGUAGAAAUUUUUUUGUACUGCUUUAGGGAAUGCACUGUCCUGUAGUUGCCAAGUGUGUUGUGUUGUUGUGGAUUAUUAAUUUUCUUAAGAUGUCUUAAGGCAAGAUAUAUAUAUAUAUAAAAAAAAAAACACCUUUUCAGCACCAGUUAGGUGUUUGUUCAGUACCUAGCUCCAUUUCUCAAAUUUACCUCAGGAAUCUCUGAAUGUUUAGUGAAUUAAGGUGGGGAAACUUUCUUUUUUAAGUCUUCAAUUCACAUAUGCAAACAUGUCUUUGAUAUGUUUUCUGAUGUUCAGUACUUACAAUUCACCCCACAAAGCAUUCCUGUGUUCCUCGCAUAUAAAGGGGAAAAGACAGUCAGAGAAAGAGAGAAGGAGAAAAGGAGUUAAUGAUGAGAUUUGCCCAGCUGUACACUGCCCAGCUGUACACUGAAGCCCUCGAAACAGUAUCAAGGUGCCAGAGGUAGAGAGGUGACUUUCUGGAAGCAACAAAUGUCUCUUCCAUCACUUUUAAAUCUUUUUUAUUUUGUUUUGUUUUGUUUCAUUGUCUAACCCCUGGUCUCAUUUGGGAUUUUAGUUAGGGAUUACAACACAUUACAUUAAUUUGUUUAUUUUGGUUUUUGGUCACAGGCAUCUGCAUUGCAGAUCUAGUAGGUUCUGAGUCCCAAAAGCAAUUUUUUUGAGAACUGUAAAUGAGCUAUUUUCAGUGACUAUAAAAUUGAUGGAUCAGGGAUAAACAAAUUAGAAAGCAAAGGAAUCUCUUUUGAACAGUGCUGAUGUUGAUGAUUUUGGCAGCUUCCACAGGUACAAAGAACUACAACAUGCUGUAUGUUAUCUCAGGGGUUGAUGGAAAAUACUUUUAUGUUCUACCUGUAGCCAGAGUUCUAGCUUCAGUUCUCUCUUAAAAAAGUUGCUAAAAAGAUAUUCAUCAUUGAUUUGUGAAAUUAAUGAAUGUUGUUUCUUUGGAACAUCUUCAGUCUGUCAUGGCAUUUAUAGACAAGCUGCCUCUUUAUCAAGGAUUGUCAAGUGGGGAAACAAAAUUUUUCGGUCCUAAAAUUAAAAUCCAACCACAGAAAACUGCUCGUACUUGAGGGGUAGUCUGGCUCACGAGUGCUGCAGUUCUGCUGUGCUUUCUACUAAGCUUUUUUAAAUUGUACAAAGCUAGAUAAAGGCUUUCGUCAUACAAACAUUUGAAAUGAAAAAGCUUCAUUAUGAAACUUUUUCUUUUACAUUAGUUUGUUGGGAAGCAGAGAGGUUUGUGAGGAGUAGCCAUCAUUAGCGUUUAGGUGUAGUGCUCUUUCAUUCAAGUCUAAUUAACCAUUCUUCUGCAAAACUCACUUUACUGUGGAAUAUUUGGAGCGUUCAGACUACAUCAGAUAAUCUUGACUAAUAUUUGUCUACAGAAUUAGCACUGAAUUAUGACAAAUGUAAAUGCAACUCUAUUGGCUUCUCUUUAAAAGACAUCCUCUGACUUGCCUUAGAAAUAUGUUGCACCAAGGUUGUGAUUUGAAAUGAACAUGAUGAAGGAAAUAUUCUUCAAAGUUUACAUACAUCAGAAAGAGUACAGCCUCAACACAGACCUACCUAAACAAAUCUAUAUACCUCUCACAUAUGGUGAAGACCUGUGUGGUUUACACUGUUUUUAACAUGUUUUGCAGAUUCAUUUUCUGUUAGUUUUGUAUAGGUAUGUAAAUAUCAUGUUAUUUAUAGUUAUUUGUGGGUUUUCUGUGCUCUCUCAAAUAUUAAGUGAAUGUUGCAAGUUUGAAAUCUCAAUGUUUGUAAUACUCUAUGAUUUAAUUAGCAGACAGGUCAUGUUUGUUUAGAAAUCAAAUAAAAUAGUACAGUGAG